UUUAGCAAGUAACGGAUAAAUGCACGCUGUGUCACUUUGGAACACAUGUUACGUUUAUGAUGUUGUCUGUAAAUAAUAUUAAACUGAUUAAUUUUGUGAAAUAUUCUGCGUGGAAAUUCAGCACAGAUAACACGUAUUGUCAUUUAAGAACCUAUCGAUAUAGAUACAAACUGGUUCAGGCUUUCUUUUAUUCAACAAAAUACGACAGGAAGGAGAAUGGUAUUCACUCGUCUCUCGAUCCAAGAGUCGUAGCAUUACGAGAAAAAUUGAUAUAUUGCGACUAUUUAGAUUAUUAUAAGGUGAAAAUAAGUUAUAUGAAGCAUUUUAUAUGGAAGAAGAAGUUUGAGAAUUAUCAGAGAGAAGUACGAAUCAAUGAGCUCACAAACGUACCCGUUUACAGCAUACUUUUGGAUGAGAAAAAUAAUGAGAACAACAACAUCCACUUGGAGCAGGAGCAUAUAAAUGCAGAUGAAGAUAUAACUAAACCUGUACAUAUGCCAUAUGCAAGUACAGAUUCGUACAGUAAUGUGAACACAUCUUCUAAAGUAAAUGAAGAUAAUUUUGAUGAAAAUAUAAUAUCAUUGAACAACAAGUAUAAAGUUCUAUAUGAAAAAUAUUUAACGGAAAAGAAUGCAAAUUUGGAAAAAGAAUUUAAUUUGAAGGAUUACUUAGGAGAAAGUGAUACAUCAUAUAAAAGAGAUUUAUCAAAUGUUCCAUCUAAUUGGAUGGUUGAUGUUGAGCAAUACAAUGAUACUUUACAGGAUGAUAACUGGCUCAAUAAUUAUGGAACUCCUGAUCCAAACUCUAAUAUUAGUUCUGUACCAUGUGGUGGAUGUGGCGCCUUAUUGCAUUGUAAGGAUCAAGCUCUACCAGGUUAUAUGCCUUCAGAGUUGUUCCUAAAGAGGAGCAAGAAAGAAUUGCGAGUUAUGAUUUGUCAAAGAUGCCAUUUUAUGCAGUAUUAUAACACCACGUUAGAAGUAAAAGUAUCUGCGGAUGAAUAUCCAAAACUUUUAAAAGUAAUAAAAACAAAGAAAUGUGCUGUCAUUCUGAUGGUUGAUCUUACGGAUUUUCCAUGUAGCAUAUGGCCUGAAAUAAACAGUGUGCUGCAUCCUUACACGCAAGUAUUUGUUGUUGGGAAUAAAGUAGAUUUGCUGCCUCAAGAUUCGAAAAAAUUUUUUACUCAUAUCAAAGAUUGCCUUUUAAAGGCUGUAGAAAAUACAGGAAUCAAGAAGGAGAAUAUCAAACAUGUGGCACUUGUAUCUGCAAAAACAGGCUAUGGCAUAGAAGAACUUAUAAAUAAAUUACAGAACCUCUGGAAAUACAAAGGAGAUGUUUACCUUAUUGGAUGCACAAACGUUGGUAAAUCCUCUCUGUUUAAUGCUCUUCUGAAGUCUGAUUAUUGCAAAAUACAAGCUGUGGAUCUUAUACAACGUGCAACUAUUUCUCCUUGGCCAGGAACAACAUUAAAUUUGUUGAAAUUUCCUAUUCUAAGUCCUAGAAAAUGGCGACUUUAUUUGAGGACAUUGCGAUUAAAAAUGGAACAAAAGCACAAACAGGCUGAAGAAACUUUUCGAAUUAAUCAGUUCAAAAUAACACAUAAUUUAAAGUACGCUACAUUGCAAAGUCAUAUAGGCAGAACCUUUCCAUCAACAUCCAAAAACGAUCUGCUCAUGGUAGAAAAAUUUAAGAAGAAUACACAAUUUGGGUUUGAUGAUACUAAACACGAGUACAAACAAAGCCGCUGGUGUUACGAUACUCCUGGCACCAUUCAACCAGAUCAAAUAUUAGAUUUGCUAACAAUGCAGGAACUUUUAUCAGUUUUACCAAAGAAAAUAAUCUCGCCUAGGACUUUCAUUUUACAUGUAAAUCAAACGAUAUUUUUGGGUGGAAUAGGCAGAUUAGAUUACAUAAAGGGUGAUAAUUAUAUUAGGUGUACAAUAUUUUCAAGUAACGAAUUGCCGAUAACUCUAACUCAUACUGAGGAUGCGGAUAAUGUAUACAAUGAGUUACUUCAAACAGAAGCGUUUGUCGUACCUGAAAACAAUCCAGAUCGAUUGAAAUAUUGGCCACCUUUAAUAUCUAAGAAGAUGGAAAUUACUGGUAUUGGUCGGAACGAAUCAGUCGCCGAUAUUGUUUUAUCCAGUGCGGGAUGGAUAGCAAUCGCUGCUGAAGAAGCUGACCGUGUUUUAUUGAAGGCUUGGAAUCCACAAGGUCGCGGCUUAUACCUAAGAACACCGGCACUUUUGAAGAAAUCUGUUACUCUACGUGGUAAACGAAUUUUAGAUACGCCAACAUACAAAAGUGGACGCCAAGCAUAUAGCAAAUAAAUAAUUUUUUUUUAUAUAUGUAUAUUGUACAUAUAAUCUAAAUAUAU